CACUCCCUUGGAGCUGCCAGGGGCUGAACAGAGAACCAGGAAAUACAAUCUCUGCUCUCCCUGUGACUUCAGAAAAACAUUUUCUGCUUCAUGGAAGCAGGAGCGACAUGGGCACCUCCUGCAGCUGUGCGGGACGCUGGAGAUGUCCUUCACCUUUUAAAAGAAAAAAAGAAAAGCAAGGCACUAGAGCAAAACAGAUGAGCCAACCGCACCAGGAUGACAGGAAGAAGGGCCUGCAGGCUGCUCACAUGUACGAUGAUGUCUCGGAGUUUCCAGUAUAUGCUACUGUGAACAAGCCCAGGAAUGUGAAGCGUGAUGACAGUGUGCACUAUGCUGAUAUCCAGGUGUUCACCAGGGCCCGGGAGCGCUCAGCCCAAGAGGUGAAGAACUUGCAAAUACAGAAUGCAACGGAGUAUGCCACCCUUAACUUCCCCUAUCCCAGAGUGAAAUACGACAGCAGAAAUGGGACCCUGGUGUAAGAGGUGCAGCAGCCUCCUUCAGCAAAAGUGUUUCACAGACUGAGAUGCCGUAGAUUCAAGCCUGUACCUUGGACGCAUGGGUCUCUCUGAGAAUGUGCAGAGAACCUGGAUCCUCCAGUUGUAUUUGGUUUUGAAGGACUCUAAUAUUUGUCGUAACUGAAUAAAACUUUUCAUUGGGUUUUGCUGAGAAAAUCCAACUUACCCCUUUAGAAACGUCAGGGAUGUUUCUGAGGCUGGAAGGAUGUCUCCUUUGGGCCCCUCUAGAAAGUAAAGCUGCUCCCUGUCUAAUGAAAUCAUAGCCCAAUGCCAUGGGAAGGUGGUUCAUGGCAUGGCAGGAGGAUUAGCCCAGCACCAUAAUAAGGCGGAUCUGGAAACCCAGAACAAAGGAUUAGAUAAGAUAGAACAAGUGAAAUGUUUGCCACUGGAUUUUGUUUCAACAUUAAGAAAACCCUGCAGCUGUUACAGAAAAUGACAGGUGGGUGAUACUGUGAGGAAAUUGCAUGGACCAUGUCACUCUGUGCAUGCUGCAAACACUGGCCCUUCCACUUGGCAUGCUUCAGACACUAACCCCAUACCAUUUCCCCAAUGAAGCAGUGUGUUCCCACCAUGCACAGUGCUCUGCAAUGCUAAGAGCAGGAAUGCAGGGUCUAGACAUGGCUAUAAAGCAGCCCUUUCAGCAGUAUGAUGGUUACAGAUGUAGAUCCUUGCCCCUGAAAGGGAAUGAGAAGCUCUUAGCUAUGGGGAUGAAUCAUAGCCAACCUCAGAUAGGGUUUAGGACCCUUUCUUUUUCCUUCCUGUGUCAUGGUAGCAGAUGGCGUCAUAAUCUCCCGUAGCAGAGGGCUCAUGCUAGACACCCCCUCACCAAUAUACAUUUGAGAUUUUGUUUAUAGAUUAAUAAUAUUGAUUCUUAAUAAUGUCGUUUAGCAAUAAUCCAGUAGGUUCCUGCAUCCCUCCAUGGCAGGGGUUAAAUUAUGGGCUGAAUUUCCAACGUUGUCGCCUAAACAGGGUUUCCAAACUUAAACCAGAACUUUACACUGUUAAAUGAAACUUUGUGCACCUAUGCGCUGAUCUGAGUGGCUCACUGCAGGAUUUGGGACAUCCUAGUCAAAUACCAGUAUUUGAAAAUGGGGAGUUUCGUAAAGUUUAUAAUCAAAUUCCAUUUUGCCUACAACAACUUUAUUAACUAAAGACCUGAGUGUGGUCAGUAUGAGUUACUGUACACUAAAAAAAGAAAAGAGGUACUGAUAUCUGUAUGUUACCAUAGAGAUAUUUUGGGGACCAGUCUUGCAAUCUUUUCACCUGAAUGGCUUUUGUUCACCUAUGAAGUCCCAAAGACUUCAGUGGAAGUGCUAUGCCUAUAGUCAGGUUUGCUGGAUAAAGCCCCAUAUUACUGUGAGGGUUAGUUCUUCUGACUCCCUCCUAAAGCUCCAAGGAUUCUCCCUUUUCUCCCCCAUAUCCCCGCACUCUCCAGGCCCUGCAUGAUCACCCAUCCUUCUGACCAAGGGGGAAUGGAUGGGCUUUGGCCAGUGCGACUUUGUGGCACGGGGCACUCCCUCAUUACAAGAGACAGGCUGAGUGCUUUGCCCCUGCUGGCCCAGUAUUCAAGGAUGGAAGUGGGAUCUCAGACCCAAAUCUUGUUCAUGCUAGACUGUGGGAGUAGCAAGCAACUACAUCUUUUCAUAGAAUCACCAAUAUUAGAACUAGAAAGAGCCAUUAGUUCACCAUUAUCUAAUUCAACCUCCCUCAGCCAGUGCAGGAUGAAAUAAUUUUAUUAUAAAGGUUUUAUAUAAACCUUAUUAAAUAUAGAUUAUCACUUAGUGAGGAGCCUUCCUUUGCAACCAUAACUUUCUUGAUAUAGGAACACAUGGCAUAGGACACUUCCCAUCUGCUCGUCUACUAAUGGCAGAAAUGGGUGGUCUCUUUUGACACCAUGCACCCUUGGUGCCAAGUCCACCUAAAGGCUAGUGGGUAGCCAUGCAGAAUGCUGGCAGCUCGGUAGUUUGUCAUUUAGUGGUGAAACUCGGCAUGUACCUGCAUAUCCAUCCAAAAAUGAAUGGGACUCAUUUGAGAACAAAUUAUGCUCUAGUUCUGAGUGAAGCAACCAGCUGUCGCAAAAUGUUCUGCAAAGAAUCGGUUUCUGAUCUGAAGUUCUCCCCCCUGGAAUGCAGAGCUGGGAAUGGGAAAGUGAGCCAUACAAAUAGAGCAUAGAACAAACAGUAAGGGCGAGAUUCUGAUUUCAGUUACACUGGGGGAAAUCCACAAGUCAAUAGAGUUGGUCCAGGUUGUAGUUGGUGUAAAUAAGAACAGAGUCUGGCCCUAAGGAACUUGUUUGCUGGGCAUGUCAGUUGAUUCUAUUGAUCUGUAGAUUAAUUGUACCUCUGGCUCUUUUGUAUUCUGUAUUAGUUUCUGUUGCUGUUACCACUAUCUUUUAAUGAGCUCCUCAACACGUGGACUGGUAUUUUAUCUCAGAUUUCCUGGGGAAUUCUAGCUUUCAUGCUUAGCUGGUACUCCAUGUUGUUUCUAGAGGUACAGUGUAUCUUAGAGAUAAUCAAAUGCGCUCUAUAGAAACAGAAAUAAUACAGUAAUUUUGCCUGUUCAACAGUCCUCAAAUAGAUAAAUUGCAAACAUACAUGUCUAGAAAUGAUUUCUCUGAAGGACUUGUUUUUGCACUGAAUGUUAACAUAUUCUGCAAACAUCUUUUGUUUUCUGGGCUUGUUCAGUUUGAGUUAAAUGAGUGUGAAAUCAAAUGUUCCUUUCAUGUUUGAGGCUUAAUUGUACUUUUAACUAAUGAAAUUGCACUUUUAAAAUGGUCAUUAUGGUGAUAUGCACCUCGUUCCUGUACUUAUGCACAACACAUGUAUAAAGCUACUCACAUGCAUACAUGGCAGAUACAGGUCUAUCAGUGCCACCAGUGAGGAGAAGGAGAUUUCUGACACUUUGUUAUUAAAAUAAAUAGUGUGAAGGAAAAUUAUUCUUGUGUACUUUCAGAAAAUGUGAAGCCAAUACUCAUUUACAGUGAAAUCUGUUUGUAUGCUGAAUCACUCUUAUUUAGAAAUGCUGAUGUAUAUAAUAAACAUACAAUGACAUGAUUUACUAAAACAGUAAAACAACAUUUCUAAAAUAUUGUCUUUAGGCACAUUAAACAGACUAUCUCUGUAGCAUAGCAAGAGAAUUUCUGCCCAAUAUCUGACUGAAUUAAGUGUGAUGUUAUUAAUUGCUGAGUUUGGGUCAGAAAUGGCUAAUGAAGAAUUUGUACAGUCCCCCUCUGCCUUGCUGUCUGGCUCUGCUGCAUGACUGCUGGGUAUCAGAAGCAGGGACUGCUGAUUUUACAAUUGGAAA